UCCGAGGUUGCUGUUGCUGCCUGGACACUGGACAUGCUGGGAAAGGCCUGCCACUUGCAUUUGACAUUGCAAGGGUCCAGUAGCAGCAGUGGCGGUCAUGCCCCGGCCCGUGACGUUGGCUGUGUGCAAACCUUUCCCAAUAGGACCUCAAACACCGGGCACGGAGCCCCACCGGUUGAGCUCCGUUGCAUGUCGUCUUCCGACCGAACGGGCCAGGAGUCCAAGGUCACGAGCUCCGUCUGGGAACAUGCUCCUCAGGUCACCACAGCUGCAGAGUUGAACGCGUCUCUGCCUGUCGCAUCCCCUGAAGCAGACCUGAAGCACCCGUCGAUCACCACGGCUUCCAACAUGGCUCCACGAGACGAGAACCAGACCAACGGUCGGGUCGAGGACCUGAUAGACCUCAACGAGGCACCGUCACUCUCAGCUACAGAAGUCGUCAAGGACAAGACGGUAACUGGCACGGAAUCAAGAUCUACAACCGAGCCACCAGCCCAGGAACCUGCCGAAACUAUGGAUUCGUCGAUAGCAACCCUCAAGCCCACUAGUGCACCCUCAACAACUAUUGCAACACAGUACUUGACCAUCGAGGCCAGCACCUACGUCGACCCAACCCCACCGACCCCAGAUGCUUCACGACCACCUUCCCGAACGCCUUCCAACGCCCGUCGAUCCUCGGAUGCAACCUCGCCAGCCCCCUCCGAUGGGGCAUAUGACUUCGACAAGCGGUAUGUCAGCGAAGAUGAACAGGAACACGGAGGGAGCAGCAGCCGCUCUGAGAUUCAGAGCAUCAUGGAACAGUUCACUGGUGACGGCGGCGGCCCAGGGGCCGAUGAGGUCAUGUCGCCAAGACUUGAGAUUGCUGGGCCCCUGCUCGGAACACCGCAGCAGCACCCGCCCAGAAAGUCGAGUCUUGAGCCGCUGGCGCCGAGCAUCGCAUCGCAGUUUCAAGAUCUGAAUGUGUCAGCCUCUCCACCAUCUGCAGGGAAGGCCAAGGAGGUGGCAGUGGAGGAUGAGGCGGGACCACCGGUGCCGCCCAAGGACAUCACCAUUCCUGACCCAGCGACGUCGCAAGAAAGUCUGGGCGAGCAAGUGCUUUCGCCAACUGUAUCGAUGCACCGGCCUCCACCGCCAGAGCCCGACGAAGAGCCAGCCCUCCCGUUUGACUUCCACCGCUUCCUCGAACAGUUGCGGAAUAAGAAGGCCGACCCUGUAGCCCGGUACCUGAAGUCAUUUCUAUCCGAAUUUGGAAAGCGGCAGUGGAUGGUUCAUGAGCAAGUCAAGAUUAUUGGUGAUUUCCUUGCUUUCAUUGCCAACAAGAUGGCUCAGUGUGACGUAUGGCGUGAGGUUUCGGACGCCGAGUUCGACAAUGCGCGCGAGGGCAUGGAAAAGCUCGUCAUGAACCGCCUCUAUACGCAGACCUUCUCGCCUGCCAUACCUCCGCCGCAGCCCAUACCAGGGUCCAAGCCAAACAGGAAGCGAGGCGGCGAGCGGCCGAUGGGGCCUGGAAGGAGAGGUCAGCAUCAGGAGGACGUGGAAAGAGAUGAGAUCCUGGCUCAAAAGAUCAAGAUCUAUGGUUGGGUGAGGGAAGAACACUUGGACAUACCCCCGAUCGCUGAGAGUGGACGAAGGUUUUUGAAGCUCGCACAGCAGGAGCUACUCAAGAUAUCAACAUAUCGAGCACCACGUGACAAGAUAAUAUGUGUUUUGAACUGCUGCAAGGUUAUAUUCGGACUGCUAAAACACUCCAAGUCGGACUCAUCAGCCGAUUCUUUCAUGCCGCUACUCAUCUAUGUUGUCCUCCAAGCCAACCCUGAUCAUUUGGUUUCCAAUGUGCAGUACAUAUUACGAUUUAGGAACCAAGACAAGCUGGGUGGCGAGGCUGGAUAUUAUCUCUCAUCACUGAUGGGCGCAGUGCAGUUCGUGGAAAAUAUGGACCGUACAACCCUGACCAUCACUGACAACGAGUUCGAACAAAACGUCGAACGGGCCGUCAUGGAAAUUGCGGAGAAGCACCCGCCGCAGUCACCACCCCUUCCACCCUCACAGUCAGAAAAGCCACAUUAUCAGUCUCAUCAUAGCAGAAAUCACCAUAAUGCCGGUGAAUCAUCAUCAACCUCAGCGAGACCAUCUUUUGAUAUCAUCUCCGACGGCAACAGGCCUGGCACGCCGCGGCGCUCUACUGACGGCGGCGAAUCCUCAGAUGUGGAAAAGGAGGCCCCGAUUUCGGGCCUGCUGCGAUCCAUUCAGCGACCACUCAGCCAUAUAGGACGCAUGUUCACGGAAGAACCGACGCCGGUCUCGGGCCCGAGUCGAGAUAGCCCUGUGCAUACCCCACAGGCGCGGCGAUCCGAGGAGGCUCAGGGGCAACAGCAGCAAAAGGCUCGACAGCACCUGUCAGCAGAGGAGGCGGCGGCAAGGCAGGCCAGCGCAGAGGCGGCAGAGGCACAGAGGCUUCACCGUGCCGAGCAUGCCAACAUUGUUGAAACGCUGGCGGGCAUGUUUCCAGACUUGGAUCGUGAUAUCAUCAGCGAUGUCGUGUAUCAGAAGGAGGGAAGGGUUGGAUUGGCUGUAGACGCGUGCCUGGCGCUGUCUGCAUGA